AGAUGCUUCAAAUGUUAUGAACAGAGACUUGUUUGGAUUAUGUGUUUCUCAGCUAGACUAAAUAAAUGCUAACAAUGGAUAAGUGCAAACACAUUGGGCAGUUGCGGCUUGCUCAAGACCAUUCCAUCCUCAACCCUCAGAAAUGGCAUUGUGUGGACUGCAAUACAACUGAGUCUAUUUGGGCUUGCCUUAGCUGUUCCCAUGUGGCUUGUGGAAGAUAUAUUGAAGAACAUGCACUCAGGCACUUUCAAGAAAGCAGUCAUCCUGUUGCAUUGGAGGUGAAUGAGAUGUAUGUUUUUUGUUACCUUUGUGAUGAUUAUGUUCUUAAUGAUAAUGCAAUUGGAGACCUGAAGUUACUACGAAGUACAUUAAGUGCAAUCAAAAGUCAGAAUUAUCACUGCACCACUCGUAGUGGAAGGGUUUUACGGUCUGUGGGUACAAGUGAUGAUUCUUAUUUCUUACAUGAUGGCACCCAAUCUCUGCUUCAAAAUGAAGAUCAAAUGUAUACUGCUCUUUGGCACAGGAGAAGGAUACUAAUGGGUAAAAUCUUUCGAACUUGGUUUGAACAGUCACCCACUGGAAGAAGAAGGCAAGAACAAUUUCAGGAAAAAAUAGCAAAAAGAGAAGUGAAGAAAAGACGGCAAGAAUUAGAGUAUCAAGUUAAAGCAGAAUUGGAAAGUAUGCCUCCAAGAAAGAGUUUACGUUUGCAAGGUCUAGCUGAGUCCACCACAGUAGAAAUAGUUCCUGUUCAAGUACCACUGCAAGCCUCAGCAUCACCAGCAAAAGAUAAAGUAGUAUCUACCUCAGAAGAUGUAAGACUAAAAGAAGCCAGUGACUCCUCUGUUAAACGAAGACCAAUAGUAACUCCUGGUGUAACAGGAUUGAGAAAUUUGGGAAAUACUUGCUAUAUGAAUUCUGUUCUUCAAGUGUUAAGUCAUUUACUUAUUUUUCGACAAUGUUUUUUAAAACUUGAUCUGAACCAAUGGCUAGCUGUGACAGCUAGUGAUAAAACAAGAUCAUCUUAUAAGCAUCCUCCAAUCACAGAUACAGUAUAUCAAAUGAAUGAAUGCCAAGAAAAAGAAACAUGCUCUGUUCGCUCCAGACAUCCAAGUUUAUCAUCAGGACUAAGCGGUGGAGCAUCAAAGAGUAGAAAGAUGGAACUUAUUCAGCCAAGGGAGCCAAGUUCACAAUACAUUUCUCUCUGUCAUGAAUUGCAUACUUUGUUCCAAGUCAUGUGGUCUGGAAAGUGGGCCUUGGUCUCACCAUUUGCUAUGCUACACUCAGUAUGGAGACUAAUUCCUGCUUUUCGUGGUUAUGCCCAACAAGAUGCUCAGGAAUUUCUUUGUGAGCUUUUGGAUAAAAUACAACAUGAACUAGAGACAACUGGUACCAGGUUACCAGCUCUUAUCCCCACUUCUCAAAGGAAACUUAUCAAGCAGGUUCUGAAUGUUGUAAAUAACAUCUUUCAUGGACAACUUCUUAGUCAGGUUACAUGUCUUGCAUGUGACAACAAAUCAAACACCAUAGAACCUUUCUGGGACUUGUCACUGGAAUUUCCAGAAAGAUACCAAUGCAGUGGAAAAGAUAUUGCUUCCCAGCCAUGUCUGGUUACUGAAAUGUUGGCCAAAUUCACAGAAACCGAAGCUUUAGAAGGAAAAAUCUACAUAUGUGACCAGUGCAAUUCAAAGCGUAGAAGGUUUUCCUCAAAACCAGUUGUACUCACAGAAGCCCAGAAACAGCUUAUGAUUUGCCACCUACCUCAGGUUCUCAGACUACAUCUCAAACGAUUCAGGUGGUCAGGACAUAAUAACCGAGAGAAGAUUGGUGUUCAUGUUGGCUUUGAAGAAAUCUUAAACAUGGAGCCCUAUUGCUGCAGGGAAUCCCUGAAAUCCCUCAGACCAGAAUGUUUUAUCUAUGAUUUAUCUGCUGUAGUAAUGCACCACGGGAAAGGAUUUGGCUCAGGACACUACACUGCCUACUGUUAUAAUUCCGAAGGAGGGUUCUGGGUACACUGCAAUGAUUCCAAGCUAAGCAUGUGCACUAUGGAUGAAGUAUGCAAGGCCCAAGCUUAUAUCUUGUUUUAUACCCAGCGAGUUACUGAGAAUGGACAUUCUAAACUCUUGCCUCCAGAACUCCUGUCUGGUAGCCAACAUCCCAGUGAAGAAGCUGAUGCCUCUUCUAAUGAAAUCCUUAGCUGAUCCAAAGACAGUGGGGCUUUCUUCUUGUGAUUUGUAUAUAUACUUUUUAAAGGGCUGACUUAAUUUUGAGCUUCAUUGUUUUUAUUUUUACUUACUAAUCAGUGCACACUAUGUUUACAUAUUUUGUACCUAACUACAACAAAUCUCUUUUUUACAGAGGAAGUUAGCGUAAGUAUAUGUGUAUCAAUGUCAGCAGGUAACUAAAUGUUUUUCAAGUACUUGGGAGUUUUAAACUUUUAGUGUUUACCUCAGACUGGUGUUACCUCUUUUAUAUUUCGAUGUCUUAAUUGGCUCAGAUCAUGAAUUUGUGCAAUCUUCUACUGAAGAAGUUCAGGUGGCAUCAUUUUAUACAUUUCUUAUUUAUCUUUUAUAGCUAUUUUCUAUACAAAUUCUUAUCAGACAGAAUAUUAGACUUUUUUCACUAAUAGUCUUACCAAAAAAAAAAAAAA